GGUAAAGUUAAAUUUAAUAAAUAAACUUUUUAUUGAAAAAACUACAUUAGUUUGGUAUUUUUAUUUCUUUUUUUGCACAUACACAAACAUUUGGUCCAAUCGAGCCGGAUUUUGGAAGCCGGAAUUCUUAUUGUUCGAGCAUUUGGAAUAAUAUUAUUAUUUGUUUUAUUUUCUAUAAGAUCGCCAUUUUCUACAAGGAAUAUCACCACCAUUAAAACCAUCCGUUUUUUUAAAUAAAAUUUUUGGAAAAUUAAGUACCAUGGACGCUUUAACCAUUGCAAUGGAAGAUGCGCUAUUAGAAUCCGACAAGGAAGUAAUGGAGGUGGAGGACCAAGGAUCAAAGGUGGCUACAGUAGCUAAUCUAGCCCCUGUUCCAGCCCCUGCUCCAAUACCUGAUCCAGUUCCUGCUCCACAAGCUACGUCAACACCUGCUACAGCACCUGCUCCAGCUCCUGCUUCAGCACCUGCUCCAGCACCUGUUUUAGCAUCCGAGUUGCCUGCUAUAAUGAUCGCUUGUCCAGAUACAGCAGCAGCUUCACCAAUCGCAAAGUCUUCGAAAGAGGAACACUCGGGCUCGAAAGUUUCGGAAUCUUCGAAGUCCAAAUGCCUUCAAUGUAAGGGUAAACAUCCCCUUUAUAAAUGUGCGCACUUCCGAAAAUUAAGUCACGAGCAGAAGCUACGAUUUGUCGUGUUACAUCGCAAUUGCUACCGGUGCUUAUCGACCAAGCAUUUAGCAAACGAUUGUAAAUCGCCAAUGAAAUGUAAUAUCUGUAACGAUAGUCACCACACCCUUUUGCACGCUUCGGGAAAAGGGCCAUCAAAAAAGGUGGUUAAAUCUAAAGGCAAACCCUCGUGUUCCGUUGGCAAUACGGUCAAAGCUCGAUCGAAACCUACACCGUCCCAGAUAUCUAGUGUGCCAGUAAGACACGUGAUAAGCCUUUCUCCUACAUUAAAGGUUAAUUUGCUGAUCGGUAAUAGGAGAAUAUUAGUGCGCGCGGUGAUAGAUUUAUGUUGUUCAAUGUCCUACGUAUGUGAGUCCUUAAUUCAGCAGCUUUCGCUGCCGGUUUCGACCCUAAACGGGGACAAAAUAAGUCGUUUGACCAUUGCGUCAAUAUAUGCGCCUUAUCCGCAAAUAACAUUAACGGCAACGGUGAGGAAAAUGCUUGGGAUACGGACACCCACGGAAACAAUUUCGACCGAAAUUUUGUCGUUAUUUGAUGGGAUUCAGUUAGCUGAUCCCAACUUUAAUCAAUCGGGAAACGUCGCGCUGGUGUUAGGACCCGAAUUGAGUUCGGCCAUAAUUAAAGGAAAAAUCCAUUCGAGCCCGGGAAUUCCUCUUGCGCAAUACACUUUGUUUGGAUGGGUCAUUUCAGGCCAAUCCCCGUAUUAAAAUAAUAAAAUUCAUUUAAUUUGACCUGUGAAUCUUAUUUAUUCAUGGGUACAGUCGAAGGACUGAAAAAACCUGCCUUCGGGACUUCGGUUCUGUGGGGAAAGUCGAGAGACUUCGUAAAAAUCUGCCUUCGGGACUUCGGUUCUGUGGGGAAAGUCGAGAGACUUCGUAAAAAUCUGCCUUCGGGACUUCGGUUCUGUGGGGAAAGUCGAGAGACUUCGUAAAAAUCUGCCUUCGGGAUUUCGGUUCUGUGGGGAAAGUCGAGAGACUUCGUAAAAAUCUGCCUUCAGGACUUCGGUUCUGAGGGGAAAGUCGAGAGACUUCGUAAAAAUCUACCAUGGUCCUUGGACCUUUCGUCGAUAUAUUUAAAAUUUGAAAAAAAAAAUAAUAAUAAUUAUGAAAAAAAAAAAAAUUGAAAAGAAAACAAAUUAUAUAAAGAAUAAUAACGAAGACUGUAGAUAUUAUAUAAGUUUAUUCUAGAUUUAAAAACCUUUAUUUCUCCUCUGUUUGUUGCAACGGACUUCGUCGUCGCAAGGUGGCCGGCAAUGUUCAAUUUAGAACUUUAUUUGAAACCCUAUUUUCUAUUCCCUUUAUACUACGUUAGGAUUUAUCUAACUACUUCUUUUUUCAUCCUUGAAAAAGUGUAGAGAUAAAUUCUAACUAGUAAAACCGCUUACGGUAUAACUAUUCGCAACUAGUUGCAUAGUUUUUUUUGUGUAAAAUUUACUUACAAAGUGAACGCCAUUGCGACCACUUAGUACAAAACAUCAGUGAAGAAUCUUUAAGGUAAAGUUAAAUUUAAUAAAUAAACUUUUUAUUGAAAAAACUA